AUGGGUUCGCGCCAAUCUCACGCGUGCACCAAGGACGCGUCAGGUACCGACUCUGCAUUCGGCGACAGCGUCUCGACACCUUCCAAAUCAAAACUAUUGCAUAUGCUCGACUUGCGCGUGUCACAGUCGUCGUCGGCAUCCGGAAGUACGGCAACCACGCCCAUUUCGACUCCGCGCCACCGCCACCGUAGCGUUUCUGCUGCUCCAAGCUCCCGUAAAUCAACUAUGAAAGCGGAAUAUCCAAACACCACAGGCUCACGCAAGCGUAAUUAUACUGUUCAGGAUGAUACUGACAUGGAUAUCCUGUCGUCCAAAAAAUUGAAGACGGAGACUACGAAGAAACCACUUUCUGUGGCCAAUCGGAACACGGAGUCAUUAGGUUUGACCACAUCUGAUGCGGCCACUUCCACUUCCACCGCCACAGAUACGCGCGCGAGGCUCGCAGAGGUCCACACCCAAAUGGACCGUUUAGAAAAUACCCUCGCCAAGGCAAAGCAAAAACGUUCCAAGACAGACGCAGACUUCGUGCAAAUCGUCCAGUAUCAGCGACAGCUCAGAGAACUACGAGACCUGAAGCAGGGAUACAAUUCUAUGACACCGUCUACGGCACUGCAGACUACGAUAUCUGGAUCCAGGGACCACGUCUCUCCUGGUAUGCUUGCGGACGCUUUUCAGGCUGAGAGCUCGAGUUCUCCAGUACACGUAGGGGCAGAUGGGAGCUCGGAUUAUGCGCUUGAUAUUUCUGGCUCGUUCGUACGAGGCGAUGAUCGCUUCGAUGAAGACGGAAAUUUCUACGGACGCGGACGGGACAGCUUUGCAGGUCCAGUAGCUCGUGCUGAUGAUAUCGAUAAGUUUUUGAUUGCUGCUGGAAAUGCCGAACAAUUCGAUGGGAACGCUAGAGUUGACAAGGCGCUCGAUGCUCUUGGUCUCGAUGGAUUGUACCGACCUCUUGACGGGAUGGAAGUGGCAUUGAUGCCUCAUCAAGCUAUAGGUGUCGCUUGGAUGCUUGACAAAGAGAAGAGUGUACAUAAGGGUGGUUGUUUGAGCGACGAAAUGGGUCUUGGAAAGACCGUUCAGAUGAUUGCUGUCAUGGUUCGCAACCAAUCCGACGACCCGCUGUGCAAGACAAACUUGAUUGUCGCGCCAGUGGCUCUUCUGGACCAAUGGCAGCUAGAAAUUGAGACGAAGACGAACUGUGACGUCAAGUGUUUGAUAUAUCAUGGUCCCGGGAAACCAAAGAAGAAGAAGGAGCUGAUGAAGUACGAUGUAGUGCUGACUACCUUUCAAACACUUGCUUUAGAAUGGCCUGACGAGGAAGCGGAAGAGAGGAAGGCAAAGCAGAAAGCAAAGAGGAAACGCAAGCUCGAUGACUUUAUUGAAAGUAACUCCGAGGAUGACAGGAAAACGUCGAAGAAAAAGACUCAGCAGCUGGGGCUAUUGUUCGACAUAGACUGGUACAGAGUCAUACUCGAUGAAGCACAAAACAUCCGGAAUAGGCGCACAAGGGUCUCUCGAGCCGUCACAAAGUUACACUCGACUUAUAGAUGGUGCCUGACUGGGACUCCUAUCAUUAAUUCCCUGUCCGAUGCGUACGGAUUGUUCCGCUACUUGCAAACUCGCCCUUGGUAUGAUUGGACCGAGUUCAAUGGUCAUAUAUCUAAAUUAGAGAAGAAGAAUCCUGUCCUAGCCACGACACGUCUGCAGGCGAUUUUCUCAUCGAUGUUACUGCGCAGGAAGAAAGACUCGAUGCUAGACGGAAAGCGACUGAUUGAACUUCCAGUUAAGGAGACGAUCCUCGCGAAACUAGAGUUCUCCCUUGAAGAGAGAGACAUUUACAAGAUGGCGAGUGCAUUGGUCGAGCAAAAGUCUCAAGCUAUAUUCAACAGGUACCUGAGGGCUGGCACCGUGCUCAAAAAUUACCAUCAGGUCCUGGUGCUAUUGCUGAGACUACGUCAAGUUUGCUCCCAUCCGUCUUUGAUUCAAGAAGGAGGGUCGGCAUUCAUCUCUGCUACUGACCUCAACGAUCGCAAGCACGACAAACGUUAUGAGCUCAGUCGUGCUGUUCAACUAGUUUCGCCAGAGUUUGUGCAGAAAAUGCAGGAUAAGAUGGCGCAGAUUAUGGCACAGCGUAUGGAAGCCGAGAAGCAUUCCGCCGAUGCAACUGUGGAGGACGAAGAAUGCCCCAUCUGUUACGAUGCUUUUACGGACGCAGUCGUCACAGCCUGUUGCCAUGUGUUCUGUAGAGAUUGUAUUUAUCAAGUUUUCGACAACGAGGCUGCGGAGAGCGCUGACGAACAAGUGAAGUACAAAUCUGACGAGCGAUCCUGUCCAUCGUGUCGUGGUACCAUCUCGAAACAGAAAUUAUUCUCGCGCAGUGCCUUUGACCCGAAUGAUGACGACACUGGCGAUGUGGAAAAAGGUAGUGAGGCUCGCGAGGCAACCAAUGUUUUAGAUACGCUGGAUGAUGUUACAGAAGAGGCUCGCCCUAAGCUUGGAAGGAUCCUACGGAAGAGAAAGCUGCGGCAGAGGCAUUUCAUGGACUCGGAUGACGAAGGUGACGAAGGUGACGAUGGCGACAUGAGCGACUUUAUCGUCCAAAGCGACGAGGACGAAGAAGAGAAGGAUACUCGGCGCGCUCUUAAACAACGCCUGAGCAAGCGUCGUGCUAUCGUCAUCUCAGACGACGACGACGAUGAUAUCGAUCCCGACGUGAUCUGUGGUGCAAAGCCGGAUGUUGAUGCUCCCCCUGAGCAGAUUAAAUUGAUGCCGAAAUUCCUGCCAUCCACCAAGAUGAAACAUAUGAUGGAGAACCUGCGUUUAUGGGCGGAGACACAUUCCGACGAAAAGACUCUGGUGAUCUCCCAAUGGACACAGUGCCUGCAACUCGUCUCCGACUACUUGACUGAGAAUGGAUUCUUGCAUGUCAAGUAUCAGGGCGACAUGAAUCGUAAGAAACGUGACCAGGCUGUUCGCGUAUUCAUGUCCAGGGACAAGGCAACCAUAAUGCUCAUGAGCUUGAAGUGCGGUGGCGUAGGACUCAACCUUACGCGUGCUAAUCGCGUGAUCUCGCUCGAUCUUGGGUGGAGUGAGGCUGUUGAAAGCCAAGCCUUCGAUCGUGUGCACCGUCUUGGCCAAACCCGCCAAGUCUUCGUGCAUCGGUUGGUUAUAGCGGACACCGUCGAAGACCGUGUGUUAGCACUACAAGAGCGAAAGAAGAACUUAGCUGACGGCAGUCUCGGCGAGGGUACCGGGAAGAAGAUUGGACGCUUGAGUGUCCGCGAACUGGCCAAUUUAUUCGGUCUUGACCACAGAGGCCGCGUACUCUCCGAAAACUAA